AUGGAAUUCACCAACCUCGGAAAAUGUCUAUGUUUCGCUUUGAUCCUCGUGAUGUUUGGGGCUUGGUCUUCUGAAGCCACUUCUCGCACUCUCCAAGAUGCAUCAAUGUAUGGGAGAUACGAGCAAUGGAUGGCUCGUUAUGGACGUGUCUAUGAAGUGAUCAACGAGAAGGAGAAGCGCUUCCUAAUAUUUAAGGAAAAUGUAGCAUUUGUAGAAUCAUCCAACAAUGAUGCAAGCAAACCUUACAAAUUAAGUGUCAAUCAAUUUGCAGACCUUACAAAUGAAGAAUUCAUUGCCUUGAGAAAUCGAUUCAAGGGUCAUGAAUGUUCCAGAAAGACCACUUCUUUCAAGUAUGAAAAAGUUACUGUGCCAGCUACUGUAGACUGGAGACAGAAAGGAGCUGUAACCCCAGUCAAGGAUCAAGGCCAAUGUGGUACGUAA